AUGCACAAUAUCGCGACUGGUCGUUCGUCGCAUCUGGUUCUACACGUCGUCACCCGUAUCUCUCAUGGUAAAGUCCCUGGUGAAGUCCCAGAGAACGGCGGUAUUGGUAAUGAGGACUUCAAUGCGGGGGAAAAGGUCUCGAAAUACGGCUAUGAGAUACUUGAUCUGUGGAAGUUGAGGGAGGGAAUCAGCCUGGAAUCAGCCAUCUCAAAGGGGUUUUUGAAGGGUGCGCCCCAAAAAUAUUGUUGGGUUCCAGUGGCUCUCCUAGAGAGCUGUCCACUGGACAAACAAGAUCAUAUCAUCUCAAGUGUACCCGAAGAACGCCCUGUUGAAAAGAAAAAGCAACAUGAUCCAGAAGAACCCAAGCUUCCCAUGCAUAGUUCUCCAAGCGCGUCCACAUGUGGGGGCGUCUGUUCUAGUCCGCCGAUUGUGUCCGUAGGGGACUAA